AUGGAAGACAACAGGAGGAGAACCAAGCUGCGCAAAUCCCUGCAGCUCUGCAUUUCCAGGAAGCUCAAGAAGAUCCCUCCGAUUCACAUCCCAAGCUCAGCCAUUCCAGCAAACAUCGCCAGCAGGCGGCUCCUCUCCACCUGCAGGUUCCCGCGGACCCAGUCGGUGGACAUCGACCAGGCCGCCAGCGCCGACAACAGCAGAGGCAACGGCCACGCCGCGACGCUCUCCGACGUUGAUCGCUUCCUCUUCGACAACUUCCGAUCUCUUUACAUACAUGACCGCGACGAAGACGUGUGCCUCUCGUCAUCGCUGGGGACAUCCACGUCCCUCGUUCAGCCGACUGCUGAAACAUCAUCGUCAUCGAGUUUAGUCAUAGAAGGCGCCGGCGACAUUGUCGGGGCAGAAGAUGACGGCGGCAACAAUGCGGCCAUAGUGCUAUUCUCCGUGGAUCCUUACACAGACUUCCGGAGAUCCAUGGAGGACAUGAUUCGGAUGCACCAUGGUCAGGAAUUUCAGCCAUUGGACUGGGACUUUUUAGAGGAGCUACUGUUUUACUACCUCCAGCUCAACGAUCGAAGUGUGCACAAGUACAUUCUCAAGGCCUUCGCUGACCUCACUGCUGGAACCCACAAGGAUAUUCCGGCCCCUGGAAAACCGCACUGGGCUGACAAGAGCGCGAAAGGUUAA